AAACCCUUAAAAUCCUCUCUCUGUCUCUUUCUGUUUGUCUGUUUCCUUAUCUCCUCCUGAAUUUGCACUCCCAGGUGUUUCCAAGUCCUUAACUUCCAAAACACUCUCUCUCUCUUUUGUAGUAUUUAGUUUUGGAUUCUUAGAACUCUUAUUUAGUGGGUUUUCUAAAAUGAUUACUGAGCUUGAGAUGGGGAAAGCUGAGAGUGAGCUAGAACUGGGUCUAGGCCUCAGUCUUGGCGGUGGAACGGCGUCCAAGAUUGUUAAACCAGGUGGUGGAGGCGCGUGGGGAGAGCGUGGGAGGCUUUUGACUGCAAAAGAUUUUCCUUCAGUUGGCUCUAAACGAGCUGCUGACUCUGCUUCUUACGCUGGUGCAUCUCCUCCUCGUUCAAGUCAAGUUGUGGGAUGGCCACCUAUUGGAUCUCACAGGAUGAACAGUUUGGUUAAUAACCAAGCCACAAAGUCACCCAAGGAAGAAGAAGAAGAUGGUAAGAAGAAAGCCAAAGAUGAUGAGACUAAAGAUGUUACAAAGAAAGUGAAUGGAAAAGUGCAAGUUGGGUUUAUCAAGGUGAACAUGGAUGGAGUUGCUAUAGGAAGAAAAGUUGAUUUGAAUGCUCAUUCUUCUUACGAGAACUUGGCGCAUACACUGGAAGAUAUGUUCUUUCGCACUAGUCCAGGUACUAUAGGGCUAACCGGUCAGUUCACCAAACCGUUGAGGCUUUUGGAUGGAUCUUCUGAGUUUGUACUUACUUAUGAAGAUAAGGAAGGUGAUUGGAUGCUUGUUGGUGAUGUCCCAUGGAGAAUGUUCAUCACGUCGGUGAAAAGGCUUCGGGUGAUGAAAACCUCUGAAGCUAAUGGACUUGCUGCAAGACAUCAAGAUCCGAAGGAGAGGCAAAGAAACAAACCUGUUUAGCUCUUUUUUCCACAUUACGUUAUUACAGUUUUUUUUUGUGUGGGAGUUUUGCAAGUCUGAGUUACUUGUGGAGCAAGUACAAGGAAGAAACAGAAGCUAGAUUGAUCUUAUCCAGUUUGUGUAUGCUUCUUGGUUCUUCUAAAGUUUUUUUUUUUCUUUAGGGUUUUCUUUUUGCUUGCUGUCUUUUUUUUUUACUGUUGCGAUUUCAUCAUAUACUAUGGAAGAGAAUGCUCUUUAUUUCUUUUACCACACUGUAUAUAUUUGAAGCUUAUCUAAGAUGUUUCUAUGGGUUUUGUAACAAAAACUUCUGUUU